UAAAUGGAACCAAAGAACAAUGUGACUGACUUUGUCCUCUUGGGCCUCACACAGAAUCCAAAGGAACAGAAAGUACUUUUUGUUAUGUUCCUGCUCUUCUAUAUUUUGACCAUGGUGGGCAACCUGCUCAUUGUCUUGACUGUUUCUUUUAGUAAGACCCUGGACUCACCUAUGUACUUUUUUCUUGCUAGCUUAUCAUUUAUGGAUGUCAUUUAUUCCUCUUCUAUUUCUCCUGAACUGAUUUCAAAUUUGUUCUUUGGGGAAAAUACCAUAUCCUUCCAUGCUUGUAUGACCCAGCUAUUUACAGAGCACUUUUUUGGUGGAUCAGAGGUCUUUCUUCUGCUGGUGAUGGCCUAUGACCGCUAUGUGGCCAUCUGUAAGCCCUUGCAUUAUUUGAUUGUCAUGAGACAAUGGGUGUGUGUUGUGCUCCUGGUAGGGUCCUGGUUUGGGGGUUUUAUGCAUUCAGUAAUUCAACUUAGCACUAUUUAUGGGCUCCCAUUCUGCGGUCCCAAUGUCAUUGAUCAUUUUUUCUGUGACAUGUACCCCUUACUGAAACUGGUCUGUACUGACACCCGUGUCAUUGGCCUGUUAGUGGCGGCCAACGGAGGACUGAUCUGCACAAUUGUGUUUGUGCUCUUGCUCAUCUCUUAUGGUGUCAUCUUGCACUCUCUAAAGAACCUUAGUCCGGAAGGGAGGCGGAAAGCCCUCCAGACCUGUGGUUCCCACAUCACUGUGGUGGUCUUAUUCUUUGUGCCAUGCAUUUUCAUGUAUGUGAGACCUGCUAAGACCUUCCCUAUUGACAAAUCAUUGAGUGUGUUUUAUACAGUCAUAACCCCCAUGCUGAACCCCCUGAUCUACACUUUGAGAAAUUCUGAGAUGACAAAUGCUAUGAAGAAACUCUGGAGGAGAAAUGUCACAUAUUGUAGUAAAUGA